AUGGUAUUAGGAGACCUUAAUUUCCAUUUACUUAACAAAGGUCAGAGUUCUAAAAACAAUUCUUUGGAUAAUUGGGUCAGGAAUAUUAUAGACUCAGCUGGUCUAAUGGACUUAGGAUUUAUUGGUUCUAAUUAUACUUGGUCAAAUAGGACUGAUGGUAAAGGUUACAGAAGAGGCUCAAACUUAAGUUUAAAUGACAAAAUCAAUCAUACAAGAAAGAAAUUAGAAAAAUGGAACAAAGAGGAUUUUGGGAAGAUAAGUGAUCAUUUGAAGUACUAUCAAAGCCGCUUGUCUCAACUUCAGUCUCUUCCUUAUAGUCCUGCCACUAGUUUCCAAAUUCAGGAAAUUAUAGAUAGUUUGAAACAUUGGGAAAAAAUUGAAUCAGAAUUCUGGCAACAAAAAUCAGGAGAUCGGUGGGUCAAAGAUGAAGAUAAUAAUCAUACUAAAGCCAAUAUAAGAAGAUCACGGAACAACAUUACUUCUCUAAGGGAUUCUUCAGGUAGAUGGUACCAUAAUACACAAGAUCUAGAAAACCUGCUCACUCAUCACUUUUCAUCCAUUGCAACAUCUACAGCUCCAAAAAUUCAAGAAUCUUCUUUUGAUAUUAUUCAGAGAAUUGUAUCUCAGGAAGAUAAUGAAAAAAUGUUAGCUGUUCCAGACAAAGAAGAAGUUUAUAGCCCUCUGAUGAGUAUGUCUAGUUGGACAGCUCUUGGACAAGACGGCUUCCUGUAA